AAACACCCGGUCCCGACGCGCACGUAGGGCCAAUUCCGUCAUUGUGCUGACUAAAAGUAGUAGCGGUCGCAACAGUCGUCAGGUGACGGAAAGUUCUUUCCGACCGUAUCGUGCCAGCUCUGUCUCCACUAGCGGUAGCUGGAGGGAGAUCCCCCAUCUCCAAUUCUAGGUUUCCGCGUCUCGCUCUCUUCGAUCUCCUUCUCUCUUCCACUUCCCGCGAUUUCUAUAUGCCCUGUUGAGGUUUUAUAAACGAAUUUCGGGUUCUGAAGUCUUUUUUUGUUCUCUAUUCCCUUCUUAGUCAAAUCCUUGCUGGAAUUCGCGAAUUCUUGGUCUCUUUCUUUCUAGCUUUCCGUUUCUUGAUUUUUUCGGUGGCAGAGAUCUUUCUGUGUGUUCUUAAGGUCGGAUUGGGGUGAUUAGGGUUUGUGGGUAUUCAAUUUUGGACCAGGAGGUGUUUCGGUUGGUGGUGGUUCAGGUUUGGAAGUUCGUUGAUGAGGAGCAGGGGUUCCUGAUGUUUACGCCGCAGAAGAAAGGGUGGCCCGGGUGGUCUCCUUCGCCGAGGGUUGGUGACGGGGUUGAUAAUGGAAUGACGACGCCGGUGGUGAACACUAGGAGUGGCAGUGUACUGGCCUUCCUAAAGGGGAAGGGGAAGGGCAAGGGGAAUAACACAGCGGAAGCGCUGCCUCUACCCUUGCCGCUGCAGGCUUCGCUUGGAGAGAACGGCGACACAGUGGUUGUGGGUGGAGGCGAUGCAGAGGUCUGGCGCAAUUUCAGGGAGGCAGGAUUGCUGGACGAGUCUGCCUUACAGAAUAAGGACAGGGAGGCUCUCGUUCAAAGGAUUUUAGCACUGGAGAAAGAGCUUCAUGAAUAUCAAUACAAUAUGGGUCUUCUUUUGAUUGAGAAGAAGGAUUGGGCUUUGAAGUAUGAAGAAAUUAGGCAAGCACUGAUGGAAGUAGAAGAGACCCUGAAGAGAGAAAAAUUAGCACACUUGGCUUCCAUUUCUGAAUUUGAAAAACGUGAAGAGAAUUUGCAGAAGGCCUUGGGAGUUGAGCAACAAUGUGUUUCAGAUCUUGAAAAAGCUUUGCGUGAGAUGCAUUCUGAACUUGCAGAAGUCAAAUUUACAUCCGAUAAGAAGUUAGAUGAUGCUCAUGCUCUAGAGGCUGGGUUAGAAGAGAAAUAUUUGGAAGUUGAACAAAAAUUGCAUUCUGCGGAUGCCAAGCUAGCGGAAGCAAGUCAUAAAAGUUCUGUUGCUAAUAGAAAACUAGAGGAUGUGGAAGCGCGUGAACAUAAACUUCAGAAGGAGUAUCUCUCAUUGAGUUCUGAAUGGAAGUUGCAUGAAAAGGGGAUAACUGAACAAAGAGAACACUUGUGUUAUUGGGAAAAAAAGCUUCAAGAUAGUCAGAAGCGACUUGUUGAGUCUCAGAGAUUUCUUAAUCAAAGAGAGGAUCAAGCUAACGAGGCAGAUAGAUUUCAUAAGAAGAAAGAAGCAGAACUUGAAGAGUCUCGGAAGAUGAUUGAAGCUACCAAAAAGUCUUUGAAAUCAAAAGAAGAAGAUAUUACAAUAAAAUUAAGAUCCAUAGCUGCUAAAGAAAAGGAAAUAGAUGUUAAGAUUGAGAGCUUGGGGAAGAAGGAGAAAGACUUAUUUUCAAGAGAAGAAACACUUAAUGCUAGAGAAAGAGUGGAGAUUCAAAAGCUUCUCGAUGAUCAUAAUGCAUUAUUAAUUUCCAAGAGAGAGGAAUUUGAAUUGAAUUUGGAGAAAAGGAGAAAAUCAUUUGAUGCAGAUCUAGAAGGCAAGGUACAUGAAGUGGAGGAGAAGAAAAGGGAAAUUGACUGUAUGGAGGACCAAGUGAAAAAAAGAGAGCAGGCUUUAGAAAUAAACUUGCAGAAAUUGAUGGAUAAGGAGAAGGAACUUGAUUCAAAAUCAAAAGCUUCAAAGAAGUGGGAGGAAUCUGUCAAAAAUGAUGAAAGGAAGUUGGAGAAAGACAGGCAACAUCUAGCCAGUGAAUGUGAGGAGUUACUGAAGUCUAAUUCUGAACUUGAGAGGCUAAAGGCUGCAAUAGAAUCAAGCAAAAAGCAAAUUAUUAAUGAGGAAGAAAAUCUUAGACUGACUAAGGUUGAGAGGGAAGACCAUCUCCUGCUGCAGUCCAAUUUGAAGCAAGAAAUUCUAGAUUGCAGGCUAAUGAAGGAAUUACUUCUUAGAGAUACUGAGGAUCUUCAACUGCAAAGGAAGAAGUUUGAAGAAGAAUGGGAAGUGCUAGAUGAGAAAAGGUUAGCAUUAGAAGCUGAGAUAAAGAAAUUUAAUGAUGAAAGAGAGAAGUUUGAAAAAUGGCAAUGUCAUGAAAAAGAAAGGCUGAACAGUGAGGCUCUGAUAGCAAAAGCAAAUUUUGAGAGGGAAUUGGAAGAACUUAGUCAGAAAGAAGAAGCUUUAGAGAAAGCAAUGGAGCAUGAGAGAUUGGAAGCUUUUGAGUUGCUCAAGAGGGAACAUGCUGACAUGGAUCGGGAACUUGAGCUCCGCAAGCAUGAGCUUCAGAUGGAUAUGCAGAAAAUGCAGGGCAUGGAGAAGAAACUGCUGGAUAAGGAAAAUGAAUUUCAGAGAACAAGGGAUUUAGAACUAAGCCAAAUGAUAUCUUUAAGCAGUUUAAAUGAUUCAAAAAGUAAGCGGUUAAAAAUGGAAGAAGAUAGGUUGGAAAGAGAAAAAGAAGAUAUCUUGUCUCACAGAAAAAGAUUGGAAGUUGAGCAACUUGAGAUUGAGAAGGACAUUGAUGCUCUUUGUAUGCUAAGCAGGAAUCUAAAAGAACAAAGAGAAGAGUUUAUGAAGGAGAAAGAACAUUUCUUGGCUCAGGCUGAGCAGAAGACAUGCAAAAACUGUGGGCAUCCACUUGGUGAUAUGGGUACUUAUUGUAUCCAAGAUGCUGGAAAUGUUCUACUACCAAACCUGGUUUUUGAAGAGCGUUCAAAUAACAUGAAUGCUAAGAGCUCCCCUAAUGCUAUGGUGUCUGUACCUGCAGCUUCUGGUGGCCGCAUGUCAUGGCUGCAAAAGUGUUCAACGCUUUUUUCCCCAGGGAAAAAGGUUGUGGAUUCUUCUGAACUUCCAGUUGACAAGUCAACUGUUGGUGCCAGACUCGACCAAGAAGCUUUUGAUGCUGAGACAAGUUGUAAACCUGUAUCAUUCCAUGGUGUUGCUGAUUUUUCUUAUCGCCAGGAAAACAAAGAACCAAAAAGGUUAGGUGAAGCUGGAGAGGAGCCUGAACCUUCUCUUGAAGUAGCAGAUAAUUCUAUUGAUAUUAUGAGGACCUGGAUGGAUAAUGGUGCCAGGGAGGUAGUAGACGAUUAUGUUAUGCCUUCUUUUGCUCAAAAUGAGAGAGAGAAUUUUGCGCCUGCCGAAAGUGACACCCUACCUGAGUCUUUGAAGCAGAGACGAUCUCAACCUCGCAGGAGAGGGAGGCCUAAAGCUGUAAAGAGAACAGGCACCACCAAGGCAGUUGUUACAGAUGUAAAAGCUAUUCUUGGGAAGAGUUCUAAUGAGAAAAAUCAUGGAUCACAGGAUCUGGUUCUUGCUAAUUCAACGACAAGUGCAGGGCAGAAGCGGUGUGUUGCCCAAAUAUCUGGAAUGACAACUAGUGAUCUGAAUCUUGGGGACAGUGAGGCACAUUCUGAGAGCAUUUCACUUGGAGGGCGUUACAAAAAGAGACAGAUUUUAGCUCCUGCAGCACAGAUUCCUGGGGAGAAGCGCUACAAUUUUAGACACUCAGCAAUUGCAGCUGUGACUACCGCAGCUCAAACAAUAUUCGAGCCAACUAAAGGACCUAAGGCAGGCGGUCAUGAAGACUCAACUGGAAAUGAGAUACCAAUGCAAAGUGGUGGUGAAGAAGGAUCCGCUAGACCAGUUGUUGAACCUGUGUCAGAUGUUGAUAGCAAGAAAGCAUCAAACAUGCUUCAAAAGACAGCUGUUGAAAGUACCACAGAAGUUCAUGAGAUAUUCCCCAACAAGAUUGUUCAAGCAGAGAGUAAUGACGAUGUUAAAUCGGUUGAGCACAGUGAUCAGAGUGAAGAUGGGUUUGUUGUGGAUGAUGCAGCUACGGGAACUGAUCCCGCAACUCCUUCAAAUGGUGGCUGUAGUGAAGAUGAUGAGGAUGAAGAGGAAUACGACCAACACAAUGCCUCCAUUGGGAAGAAGCUAUGGACAUUCUUCACCACAUGAUGUCUCCAUAUUGCCAUUUCUCGUGAACUCUGAAUGUGUAGGAUUGGCUUUGAGAAGUCCAAUUUGUAUGCUCUUGGGGGACAAAUCGAGUGGUUGUUGGUUAACUUGUCCUUGUAUGAUUUAGUAUCACCAUAGGCAGGUCCUUAAUUAUUCGAAGCAACUAAUGCAUGCUUUCCAGCUA